UAUGGUCCAUCUAUGUGCUUCUUGAACAAAAUGUGUCAGGUCGAGUAUCUAAGACAAAGGAUGGACACGAAGUGCGUUCAUGUAAAGUAGCUGACAGGACCGGAAGUAUUACCAUAUCAGUGUGGGACGAAGUGGGCAGCCUGAUACAAACUGGAGACAUCAUCCGACUCAAUCGAGGAUAUGCAUCUCUCUUCAAAGGCUGUCUUACACUGUAUAUUGGGAGAACAGGGGACCUUCAGAAGACCGGAGAGUUCUGUAUGAUUUUCUCAGAGGUGCCAAAUUUCAGUGAGCCCAACCCAGAGGUGCUGGCUAGAAUCAAUCAAAUAAACAACACCCACGUAAAAACAGAAGCUCAUGGCAGCACUCCCAGUAUACCGAAUCCUGGGCCUCCUGCUGGACCUACAGUAAUCCAGUGGUUCUCAGCCAGGGGGCCUCAGCAUACUUCCAAGGGGGGAGCAAGAUGGCUUAAAAAUAAUAUUAAAAAUAAGACAAAACAAGGUUUAAAAUAAGCUAAAACAGCUAGGA